AUGUCAUCGUCUGCUGGAGGUACUACCAUUCUCGACCGCGAUCUGCUUCUAAAAGGCCUAGAAGAUCAGCCCUGGUUCGAGAAGAACAUUCCACUGCUGGAAAUACCUGAUAAGCAUAUCCAAGAAGUAUACUACUAUCGUUGGCAAACCUACAAAGAACACCUUGUUUACACUGGAGCCAAGUAUGGUUACAUGGCCAGUGAGUUCUUGAACCGUGUCAGCUAUGGCGCACCAUACGGUGGUAUUGUGGCUGCUGCAGGCCAUCAUAUCACCGAAGGUCGGUGGAUACGUGAUACGAGAUACGGCCAGGAUAUCGCAAAGUAUUGGCUCGCUGGACCAGGCCAGUUCCCAAAACCAAUGAGAGACGAUGUCAACAAAGAUACCUCCGAUUGGGCGCACGAAUACAGCUUCUGGGCUGCCACUGCGUUGUGGAAACAGUACUUGGUCACAGGAGAUAAAGACUUUAUUGUUGGACAGCUCGCAAAUCUAGUGAAACAGUAUCGAGGGUGGGAUACCCAUUACUCCAGCUCCCUGGGGCUGUAUUGGCAGGUGCCUGUUUGGGAUGCGACAGAGUAUACAGCUGCUUCCUACGAGUCUGGUGAUCCCUAUCACGGAGGUGUCGGAUUUCGGCCAACGAUUAAUUCUUAUCAGUAUGGCGAUGCGAUUGCGAUAGCAAAAAUUGCUGCAUUGUGCGGUGACUCUGAGCUCGAACACGAAUAUCGAAGCCGGGCAGAAAGUCUGCGAACUGCUUUGCAAAAGCAUCUCUGGGACAGCGAGAGCAACUUCUACAAGCACCGAGCCCGUGACGACAACCCCUCCGGCUCCUUGCUGGGUACCAGAGAAAUCAUGGGUUAUCUUCCAUGGAUGUUUAGCAUGCCGUGCGAUGAUUCCCAACUCGCCGCCUUUUCCCAGCUCACAGACCCUCAAGGAUUUCUCUCAAACUUUGGUCCAACUACAGCUGAGCGAAGAAGUAAGUGGUUCAUGUACGAAGCAGAGAAUUGUUGCCGUUGGGACGGUCCUUCAUGGCCGUUUGCAACCUCGCAGACUCUAACUGCUGUUGAGAAUGUGCUUCAUGAUUAUCCAGCACAGAACUACAUCGCUCCCGAGGACUACUACGAGAUGCUGCAUCGGUACGCUCGAACACAGUACAGAAAUGGAGAACCCUACGUCGCUGAAGCUCAUCAUCCUGAUGCAGACAGAUGGAUGUAUGACAGCUACAAUCACAGCGAAGAUUACAAUCACUCAACCUUUGUUGAUAAUGUUUUGGCCGGUCUUGUAGGACUUCGAGCCCAGUCUGGGGAAUCAAUAGUUGUCAAUCCCUUGACUCCUUCAAACUGGGACUAUUUUGCCGUCGAGAAUAUAGCCUACCACGGGCAUUCUAUCACUGUCCUAUGGGACAGGACAGGUUCAGUCUACGACCGAGGCGAAGGCUUGAGAGUUUACCUUGACGGUCAGCUUGUCGGAAGUCGCAGAACCAUCGGUCUCAUAAAAGUCGAGGUCGGUCCAUCUCUCCCAACACAUGUUUCCUCCCAAAUAAACAUCGCAUCAAAUGGCCAGCGAGAUCCUCAACUUCCAAUUGCUUUCGCUUCAUACACGUGUCCGGCGGAUGAUCCCAUGCGAGCUAUCAACGGAAUGAUCUUCCGAAGAGGGAUACCACAAAACAGCCGCUGGACUUCAUAUAACAGCCCAAACCCAAAAGACCAUUUCGGAGUCGACUUACAUAAGGAUAAAGCUAUCGAUAAUGUGCGACUGUUCUUCUAUGAUGACGCUGGCGGCGUUCGGAUCCCAAAUACUUACGAUCUUCAGUACUGGGUAGGUGAUGCAUGGGUACCAAUCCCUGGCCAGGUUCGCAGUCCGAUGCCAACGAGCUCAAAUGCCGAGACGAAGAUUGCCUUCCCCUCCAUAUUGACUUCUCGACUGCGUGUUGAGGCACCCGAUGCUGGGUCUGGUGUUGGAUGGGGGUUAUCUGAAUUUGAGAUUUGGACAUCUAGCGAAUAG